AGUACAGCGUUUUAAAUACGUCUGUGGGAUGAAUCAAACGGCGCCGUUUAAGCGCAGUAAUGAGUCGAUGACUAUACUAUAAAAUAAGGGUGCGUUUGGGAGAAGGUAGGCUUCCCACGGUUUUAGUAUCUCUGCUGCUCGUCCCCUGAAACUAAAGUCAACAAGAGGGAAGAAGCAGAAGCAGAAGAAGAAGAAGAAGGUGAAUCAGUGAUGGCAACAGGAUCAAUGAUGGCAAAACGCUACCCCUGGCACCAAGUUGCUGCUGUCUCUGGAGCUGUAGGUAUUGGGUUGGGAGCCUUUGGUACCCAUGUCUUCAAGCCCCAAAACCCUAUUUACAAAGAGGUUUGGCAAACGGCAUCCUUAUACCAUUUGGUUCAUACGGCAGCUCUGCUUGCUACCCCUGUUACCAAGCAUCCCAAUAUUUUUGGAGGUCUUGUGACAGCUGGAAUUCUUGCAUUUUCAGGAACGACUUUGCAGGUGUUAUACUGCAGCAUAUUUUGAAGACAGAAAGUACAGUUUCUUGGCACCAUUCGGCGGCCUUGCGUUUAUUGCCGCUUGGGGGAGCUUGCUUUUCUAAGGAUUUCAACUUCCUCAUACAGUGGUACAAAUUCUGGUUUCUGGGUUUGUGAAUUCAAUAAGGCAACUAUGGUGGGAUCUUGGGGAAUUGUACCAAGAAUGCUUUUAUUUUUCGGAUUUGAGAUUUGAACAGUUUCUGGAAUUUCUUGUCAUGCAUCUCUUGUAAGAGUGUUCUUGUCAUUACAAGCCACUUCUCCUGUUUGUAUACAAUAAUCUUCUCAAAGAUGUAGAUGGAAUAUUUCAAAAUCUAAGUUUAUACUAUACUUUUGUGAA